GAAUGUUGCACAAUCCCUAAUUUCUCAGGGACAACUUCCACGCCCUAAGAAUGUCUAAAGGCAAGAUGUCCUCCGGCUCGACAAACCGCUCGACGUGGGCUUUGUUUGUCUUUUCUCUACUGGCCACGGCAGUGUGCAGACAUGGAGCAAACGCCACAGUUCUCAACUCCAACUUCACAAUCCACCCAUCACUCCGACAGCAAUGCCCCAAUUUGACCUCCUUUCAACGGUCCUCAACUUGUCCCGGCCUCCUGGGGAUUUUCCCCGAUAACAACACCGCCAUCCAACACUUUAACCUUCCCUGGUCCUGUCCGCCCAAAUGCCUGUCUAUCCGAUCUUCAUCCGCCUCUUCCUCCCUCUCUACCUCCUCAUCCUCCUCAUCUUCUUCCCCAGCGUCCUUCUCUCCGUCUUAUCCGUCAUACGCUGCAUCGGAUAUUUCUGCUACUAUGUCCUCCGCAUCUUCUUCUUUAUUUCUUGGUUGCUCCCUGACCCACGCCGGUAAAUGCAGCACAGCCGAGAACGUGUUCUGCUUGUUUUCCUUUCAGAACUUCCGAAAUGGGCAGGGCUUAAGCCUGAUCGUUUCACCCACCACGGCCGCAAACCUACUGGGCAUUGGGGCCUUGGAUGACGACCCAGCUCCUUGGGCUUCUCAUGUUCGAAAGCAGCGGGAAACGCCGUACCAGAUUACGGACGUGAAGGGCAAAGGGAAAGGGGUAGUGGCCACAAGGUCCAUCAAACAAGGGGAGAUCCUCAUGGUGGAUGUCCCGGCUUUGUUGAUAAGUGAAGAGUUCUUGAGAGAAACCGAACGAGAGGGGAAGGGGCAUCUGAGAAGACGGAUGGUGAAGAGGGGGCUGGAGCAAUUGCCGGAAAGCACGAGACGCAAGGUGUUGGAGUUGCAAAAGGGUUCGGGAAGUUACGAGAUUGAUGCGAUCUUGGGGAUCAACCUCAAGGGACUAGGGGGCGAUCGUUCAGAAACGGACUCGGCACUAGCACUGUUGGAGGAACAAGAGUUACAGGAGCACGGGGAGGGGAUGAUGGGGUUGUUUGCUGAGGUUGCGCGGAUCAACCACUCCUGCCGACCAAACGCUCGCCUCCGAUUCUCCAAGAACCGACUUGCCAUGGAAGUCGUAUCCUACCGGCCCAUCUUUCCGGGGGAAGAGAUUCUCAUCAGCUACACCCCCUUAAACCUCCCCCCCUCCGACCGCCACAACUUCCUACAACAAACCCACCACUUCACCUGCCACUGCCCGCUCUGCACUGCUCUGUCCGACGACCCCUCGGCUAAUACUCCCGCCGCCGAAUCCCACUCUCGCCGCCAGCAUCUGAACGAGCUAUGGACCACGAUGCUCCACGCCAAGUCAGAAGGGUUUUACCAAGACGCCAUCAACAUCCUGAAGGAUUGGCUUGACUUUGCAGAGGUGGAAGGACUCUUGCCGUUGAUGGGAGAGUAUCACGGGGUUAUGGCGGAGUCGUAUCUUAUGCUGGCUGAACGGGGAAGCCCAGGGGGUAAGGAGGUGGACAGAGACCUAGCGCUGAGGGGGGCGUUGCGGGAGGCCAGGAUGGCGGUCGAUGCAUGGGUGAGGUUGGGGAGUGUUGACGGUGGGAAGACGGAGGAUGCCAGGGCAUUUCUCGAAAAGGUUUUUAAGUUGAAGGAAAGGAGAAAAGGAAGAUGAGGUUUCUUGAAAUGGCUUCAGUCGACAAUGGACCGGGAUGUGUACCUCUACGGCCUUCCCAACUCAGUAUCCCCCCAGACUCUCUCUCCAGUAUCCAAACACAAUCAUCAUUCCCAUCUUGGAAAAGCACCCUAGAUGACAUUAUCAAUGAUAAGCCCAUUCUUCCGA